AAUUUUUUUUUUUAUAAAAUUUUUUAAAAUAUUUUUUCAAAAACCUUUCCUUUUUUUUUUUUUAUUUUAGUUUUUUAAAGUUUUAUAUAACAAAAGACAACUAUAAAAAUGGAAGGUCCAUCAAAAUGCACUUGGAAACCAAAUACCACCGAACCAUCACCACAUACCACCAGAAAGAAUGUUAAACCAUUAAUUAUGGAUAAUAUUUUACAAAACAUUGGUAAUACUCCAUUAGUUAGAAUUAACAAAGUUUCAGAAGGUUUAGAUUGUGAAUUAUUGGCUAAAUGUGAAUUUUUCAAUGCUGGUGGUUCAGUCAAAGAUCGUAUUGGUUAUCGUAUGAUUGUCGAUGCUGAAGAAAGUGGUAGAAUUAAACCAGGUGAUACUUUAAUUGAACCAACUUCAGGUAACACUGGUAUUGGUUUAGCAUUAACUGCUGCCAUUAAAGGUUAUAAGAUGAUUAUUACUUUACCAGAAAAAAUGUCACAAGAAAAAGUUGAUGUUUUAAAAGCUUUAGGUGCUGAAAUCAUUCGUACACCAACUGAAGCUGCAUUCGAUGCACCAGAAUCACACAUCGGUGUUGCUAAGAAAUUAAAUGCCGAAAUCCCAAAUAGUCACAUUUUAGAUCAAUAUGCCAAUCCAUCAAAUCCAUUAGCCCAUUAUGAUGGUACUGCUGAAGAAAUUAUUGAACAAUGUGGUGGUAAACUCGAUAUGGUUGUUUGUGCUGCUGGUACUGGUGGUACAAUUACAGGUAUUGCAAGAAAGAUUAAAGAAAGAUUACCACAUGUUAAAAUCGUUGGUGUUGAUCCACACGGUUCAAUUCUUGCUCAACCAGAAUCACUCAAUAAUCAAAACAAGAGUUACAAAAUCGAAGGUAUUGGUUACGAUUUUAUUCCAAAUGUUUUAGAACGUCCAAUCGUCGAUGAAUGGAUCAAGACUGAUGAUAAAGAAUCAUUCAUCAUGGCCCGUCGUCUUAUUAAAGAAGAAGGUCUUUUAUGCGGUGGUUCAUCAGGUUCCUCAAUGGUUGGUGCUCUUUUAGCUGCCAAACAAUUAAAGAAAGGUCAACGUUGUGUUGUUCUUUUAGCUGAUUCAAUUAGAAACUAUAUGACCAAACACUUAAAUGAUGAUUGGUUAGUCGACAAUGGUUUUGUUGAUCCAAAAUACAUUAAAACUACCACUCAACAAGAAGAAGAAAAAUAUCAAGGUGCCACCGUCAAAGAUCUUGAACUCCCAAAACCAAUUACUAUCACUGCCACCACCUCAUGUGCCAACGCUGUUGAACUCCUUAAACAAUAUGGUUUCGAUCAAUUACCAGUUGUUUCUGAAUCAAAGAAAGUUUUAGGUUUAGUUACUCUUGGUAAUCUUCUUUCACACAUCUCCUCAAAGAAAGCCAAUGUUACCGAUCCAGUCAGCAAGGUUAUGUUCCGUUUCACCAAAAACGAAAAAUAUGUUCCAAUUACUCCAACCACUCCACUUGCUUCACUCACCAAAUUCUUUGAAAAUCACAGCAGUGCUAUCGUCACUGAAAAUGAUGAAAUUGUUUCAAUUGUUACUAAAAUCGAUUUAUUAUCAUACUUUAUGAAACAUAAAUAAAUAAUUUAAUCAAAAAAAAUAAGUAAUAAUAAUAAUAAUAACUAUAAUAAUACCAAUUUCUAUAUAAGCUUUACAACCUCCAAAAUCAUCGUUCAAAAAAAAAAUUAAUAAAAUUUUGUAAUUAAAAUUUUUUUUUUUAAAAU